AUGGGCUUCGCUACCAAUAACUUUAUCAUCUUGUUGGGCCCCAUCAUCGCUCAUGUCAGCAUCGGCUACGCCCGUACAAUCACCCCCACCUACGUGGCCAAGCUCUCCCCCGCCUCUUACCGUGGGUGCUUCACCUCCUUCCCCGAGGUGUUCAUUAAUGCCGGCAUCACUCUAGGCUACGCCUGCAAUUAUAUCUUCUCUCAUAACAAUUUCAACGGAGUGCAGAGCGAGACGUUAACUACCAUAAAGAAGGACCAGGAGCUAGCCGACAAGCAUGUUGACCGACUGACUCUGAACCUCCACAUAUUUACACUUCUUGGGUCGGUGUUUGCAGGGUGGACCGCCUAUAGGAUCAGUCGCCAGUUAACCAUUUUCUUGGUGGGAUUCAUCUUCUUCAUUGGGCCCUUAUUCAUGGGCUUUGCUUCCAAUAACUUCAUCAUCUUGUUAGGCCGCAUCAUCGCUCACGUCGAAGUCGGCUACGCCCUUACAAUGACCCCCAUCUACGUGGCUGAGGUCUCCCUCGCCUCUUACAGUGGAUGCUUCACCUCUUUCCCCGAGGUGUUCAUUAAUGUAGGCAUCGCUCUCGGCUAUGCCUGCAAUUAUAUGUUCUCCAUGAUCAAUUUCAACGGUUGGUGUCUCAUGCUAUGCGAGGGAGCAAUCUCCUUGGUCCUGCUCGCCAUAUCAUGGUACUCGCCAUGCCGGAAUCCCCCCGAUGGCUCAUCAUGCGAGGAAAGCUGCUCAAAGCGAAGCGCAUCCUCGCCAAGAUCUCCGCCUCCAAGGAGGAAACUAAACUCCAAUUUUAAAAAUAUCAAGGCGGCUGCUGGCAUCCCUCCAGAGUGGAAUGAUGACGUUGUCAUUGUGCCAAGCAUCGGGGAGGGCGUGUGGCAGGAUAUCCUCCGCCACCCAAGCCCAUCUCUCCGCUACACGCUCCUCUGCGCCAUUUUGAUCCAAUUAUUCCAAAAGGCCUUUGGAAUUGACAUUAUCCUCCUUUACAUUGCUCGUUUCUUAGAGAAGGCUGGCUUCAUGUCCUCUGACAAGAAGAUCUUAUUGACCAUCCUAGUCGAAGUUGCAAAGACAAUAUGCAUCCUCGUGGCCACUUUGCUUCUUGACAAGCUCAGGCGACGGCUGUUGCUGUUGAGCAGCAUAGGUGGGAUGUUUGUGUCUCUUGUCAUCCUCAGAACAUGUCUUGUGAAGAUCGACUAA